CUCUGAUCUCUGCAGCCAAGUAUUUUCUUAGGCUCUUGCUAGAUAGGUGGCACACAUAGAAACUGGAUGCAAUCUUAAUCUCUCUCUAGGAGCGUGAGCCGGAAUUAAAGAGACCAUGUUGAGGAGGCUAAACCAAUAAGGAGACAGGCUGAAGUCUAGUGCUUCAUAGCAGGAAGGGCCGGGAGUGCCCACUGCUGGACUGCUCUUUAGCCUCUGGGAGUGGCAAUGUCAGGCUUGCAGAAGGAGGGGAGGGGACAGGUGCAUGACUGUGGGGUGUGAGUGUGUGUGUGUAUAGUCACUCAUGCCAAUGAACAGAUGGGAGGUGAAGAUUGGGAAAGUCCUAGGAGGUAAAGGGGUGGGGUAAGUUGCUCUACUCCCUUCCACACCCCAUUUCUUCCUCCUCCUCCUCCUGUGCCUCAAAAAUCACACAAACCUGCUUACUGGGACACAGUAGCCCUGCUCUCCACGCUCAUAGCAGCUCACCAAGAACCCAGGAGUCCAAGGAUACCAAUCCACCGGAUUUAACUCUCCAGCCAGAGGAUCUGAAGAAGAGCUUGCUCAGACCCCCUCCCCACCCCCACUCGCCUCCGGAUCUAGGAGCAUCACUCACUCCCCUUCCACAGGAGGACCCAGGAGUCUUCCACUCCUGGCUUCUCUUGCCUGCCCAUACCCACUCCUCCGCCCAGCAAACCUAGCUAGCGGCCUCCCGCCAUGAGCUACCCUUUACUCGUCUUCGGGCUGCCCGCCCUGGGGAUCUAUGCGCUGACAUCUCACUGCCUGCGAAAGAAGCCGCACCUGCUCCACAGUCCACGCAAGUUUCCCGUGCGAUGUCGGCACGUUUCCCACCGGGGCGGCUCUGGGGAGCGGAUUGAGAAUACGCUGGAAGCUUUUAGCCAUGCCCUGUCACAGGGGACAAACCUGCUGGAACUGGACUGCCAUUUGACAAAGGAUGGGGUUGUGGUUGUGUCCCACGAUGACAAUCUGGAACGCCAGACAGGACACAAUAUCAAGAUCAGCCAGACAGACUAUGCGGCUCUGCCACCCUAUAAGAAGUCUCUGGAGGUGACUUUCGCCCCAGGCUGCUUCUCCCACGGCAAAGACCACCAGAUCCCACGCUUGGAGGAGGUAUUCGAGAAAUUCCCUGGAGUGCCUAUCAAUAUAGAAGUGAAAGAGGAUAAUGAUGAACUCAUACAAAAGAUAGCAGAUCUUGUCCGGAAAUACGACCGCUCCAAGAUCAGUAUCUGGGCCUCCUUUGAAGGGAAAGUGCUGGAGAAAUGCUGUGCGGCAAACACAGAGAUGCCCUAUAUCUUCUCCAUCAACCGAGGAAUCACCAUCCUCCUUCUCUACUACGUGGGGCUCCUGCCUUAUGUGCCACUGAAAGAAUCCUUCCUUGAGUUCGUGCUGCCCUCCAUUAUGAAUAGGACCUAUUUUCCAGUAAAAAGGGGCUACUUUGGAUCACUGCUGGCCCAGUUUACCUCCCAGGUAACAAUGAGGAAAAAGCUUUUCAAGCACCUGGAAGACAGAGGGAUACAGGUUCUUCUCUGGGUCUUGAAUGAGGACAAAGAUUUUGAGGAAGCCUUUAGCUACGGGGUCUCUGGGGUGAUGACUGAUUAUCCCACCCGCCUCCGGAAGUAUCUAGACAGCCAUCCAUCCACCCCAUGGCACUGAAUGAUCCUGACUGGUGGGAUGGGAGGUGGAGGGGAGAGACAGAUACCUCUUUACUACACAGGUUCCUGCUGAAGGUAGGAAGAGAAACAAAUGUGAAGUCAGGAAGGAAGAGAGACAUCCUGACCUAAGUUUUGUAUGAGGAAGAAAGAAGGUAAAACGAUGAAACAAAACCCCUUAUUGUUACUAGUAGUGUGCAGUGUUAAUUGUUUGAACAUAUAAGUAGAGUUUUGCAAUAAAGUACAACAUUGGU